AUGGAUUGGUUCUCAUAUGUCUAUGUGGUCACCGUCAAUCACAUCAUGAUGAGGAUUCAUUUCUUCUGGUACCUCAGUAUAUUUUUCUACGUCUCUGUUUACUCGUACGACAUGAUCCAGUUUUUGGAUUUUCAUGACAUCUGGAGGGCCAUUCGUGUCCUAGUCCUUCACAAAAUGAGUGCAUCCAAAGUUGCAUCGGUAAUCAUACUCGGAUGGUCAUACUAUAGCAGAUUCAUAGGCCUACUCUUCUACCGCGUCAACAAAUUUUAUAUUUUCAUCACACCAAUAGACGAUGUUCUUGAUUCAAUACUGCACUGGACUCAACUUAUAUUGACUACUCUUUGCUAUUUGGGAUUAACGUUCUUGGAUCUUUUCCACGGCCCAAAGGUAAUCAAAUUGGUCAACAGAUUUGUUAAACUCCACCGACGUGUGGAAGGCUUGGGUCUUCAAAACAGAACUGGAGCAGAGGUCUUUAUUAUACAACUUAAUCUAUACGAGUUUAAGGUCUGCAUUUUUGGUCUUUUUAAUAUAUCUCAGGAACUGUUUCUUCAAACUUUCUCGGCAAUGGUUACAUAUAUACUAUCUUGCUUACAAUUGGCUUUAAGAAACAGAAAAUUAUAA